UCGUUACUGAUCACUAUACCUUCAAGAACUUCAAGAACUUCACGAAGUGCAGAUACUAGAAUACGCUAGAACAUGUGUGAUACUAGAUGAUAAUUACAGUUAUUGCUGAGGCAGGAUUAUAAUUGGUUAAUACCGUAAUACUAACGAUCGGUAACUAUGAUAACAUAUGUGUUUGGCAUAAUCUUGUUGGCGUCUUUAACUGGCGCUUUGAACGAAUAGACUUUUAUGUAACCAAUCUGAAUACUGUUUGUGAGGACUGAGAAGACAACUGCAAAAAACAAAUGCGAUUUCUAUGAGUUUUAUAUUAAAUUGUGAGAAGAAAACAUCCUUAAAUAGACCACAGUCUUGGGUGAUUUUGCAAGAGCUUACAACUUUGACAAAUCACCAGACAGCAUAGCGCCCAAGAAGAUAGCAAGAUUCAUAAUGUCUGCAGACAGAACCCUGUUGCUAUAAGAUACAUGUACAUAUACUAAUGAUGAUCAAUAUAUUCCUCUUCAGGACUUGGGAAGUUAUUCAAAGUUAGAUUUUGAUACAUUUAUCAGAACCCAAAAGUCCAUAUCAGUAGGAUUGCUAUAACCUACUUCGUUCACAGCCCACGGAGCAUCAUGUGUGAGGAACGAAUUCAACGUUUGCAAAGAAUUCUACAUUCUCUUGCAACGAGAGUGCCUCGUGUUAUGCUACCGAGAGUUGAAGAAAUAUUUCCUUCACUGAGAGAAAUCAUGAACCUUGCAGAUUCAGAGGAAGUACAAAGACUGUGUAGUGUGGUACGUCCAGCAUCUGCUCAUGAUGCAUGUCAUGCCAACAAUGUAAAAGCUGAGGAAGUGUCAGAUGCAGAAGAAGAGAAGUAUCCUGUGCCAAUAACAUUUCAAAGAAUAAAGGCUGAACCUGAGAGUACUCCAAGUGGACCCCAACCCAUGUGCAGUGGGGAGCAGCGAUAUUCCUAUGAUGAGUGUGAUAAAUCAUUCACUCAACAGUGUAAUCUAAGGGUUCACUGCAAGACACAUCAACACAUACACAGUAGGGGGAGGCCAUUUUGCUGUGACGUGCAUAACAAGUCAUUCAGUAAUAGCAGUAAUCUGAAGGUACAUCAGCGCAUGCAUAGUGCUGACAGGCCUUUUUGCUGUGAUGUGUGUAAUAAGUCAUUCAGCCAGCAGGUUAGUCUGAAGAAACAUCAACGCGUACAUAGUGGUGAGCGGCCGUUUUGCUGUGAUGUGUGUAAUAAGUCAUUCAGGUGGCUGAGUCAUCUGAAGAUACACCAGCGUACACAUAGUGGUGAGAAGCCUUUUAGCUGUGAUGUGUGUACUAAGUCAUUCAGUCAGCAGGUUAGUCUGAAGAAACAUCAACGCGUACAUGGUGGUGAGCAGCCGUUUUGCUGUGAUGUGUGUAAUAAGUCAUUCAGGUGGCUGAGUCAUCUGAAGAUACACCAGCAUACACAUAGUGGUGAGAAGCCUUUUAGCUGUGAUGUGUGUACUAAGUCAUUCAGUCAGCAGGUUAGUCUGAAGAAACAUCAACGCGUACAUAGUGGUGAGCGGCCAUUUUGCUGUGUUGUGUGUAAUAAGUCAUUCAGUGAAGGCAGUAAUCUGAAGGUACAUCAGCGCAUGCAUAGUGGUGACCGGCCUUUUUGCUGUGAUGUGUGUAAUAAGUCAUUCAGCUGGCUGAGUCAUCUGAAGAUACACCAACGUAUACAUAGUGGUGAGAAGCCUUUUAGCUGUGAUCUGUGUACUAAGUCAUUCAGUAAAGGCAGUAAUCUGAAGAAACAUCAGCGCAUGCAUAGUGGUGACCGGCCGUUUUGCUGUGAUGUGUGUACUAAGUCAUUCAGUAAUAGCAGUAAUCUGAAGAAACAUCAGCGCAUGCAUAGUGGUGACCGGCCAUUUUGCUGUGAUGUGUGUACAAAGUCAUUCAGUAAUAGCAGUAAUCUGAAGGUACAUCAGCGCAUGCAUAGUGGUGACCGGCCUUUUUGCUGUGAUGUGUGUAAUAAGUCAUUCAUUUGGCUGAGUCAUCUGAAGAUACACGAAUGUAUACAUAGUGGUGAGAAGCCUUUUAGCUGUAAUAUGUGUACUAAGUCAUUCAGAAAAGGCAGUAAUCUGAAGAAACAUCAACGCAUACAUAGUGGUGACUGGCCUUUUUGCUGUGAUGUGUGUAAUAAAUCAUUCAGUUAUCAGGGUAGUCUGAGGAGGCAUCUGCGCACACAUAGUGGGAAGCAGACAUAGAGCUAUGCGGUGUGUAAUAAGUUAUUUGCUCAUCAAAGCCAUCAGAAGACAUAUUAAAUGACACAUAGUCAAACAACAAUAGAGUGCUGCACCUUUUCACAGUAAACAAAUGGUGAUACAUUAGUACCAAUAUGUCUUUGUUUACAUCCGUAGAUGUUAUUGUGUAGAUCACCCCAUUUGUGAUAUCCUGAACUCACAUUUGGUGUUUGGAAGUACUGGUCACAUGACCCGCAGAGCUGAAUGAAGUUCCAUCAAAUGCACAUACAUUUAAGUUUCAAUACAUUGGAGCGAAAUGAAGAUGAGAGUGAUGAGUAGGGUCCGGAUUUCUGUGACAUGUCAUAUUUUUUUCCUAGGGUUUAUUCCUAUUUUUCAAUGUAAUUAUGCAUGUUUCCAGUCAUUCUUAU